CUAAAUCAGAACACAAAUAGAGCUCAUUACCUGAAGAUGCGAUGAUGGUCAUUUCAGAGUAUAUAACAGAGGGUUAAUGAAAGUAUUCCUUGUGAAAGGAAAAUGGAGAAUGGAACAUACUUUUAUUUCAUGUUGUUUGAAAAUCUUGGGAGCAUAAAAUAUGCUUGUUUCACUUUGGGGUUUAUUUUUUACUGUGCUGUCAUUUACUUUAAUGUCAUUAUUAUUCUUGUAAUAUUUCUGGAAAAGACAUUGCACCAGCCCAUGUACAUUCUGAUUUCAUGCUUGUCCAUCAACUCUGUAUAUGGUACAGCAGGCUUUUUCCCAAGGUUACUGACAGACCUGCUCUAUGAUACACAUAAAAUCUCCUUUGAAGCAUGUCUCAUACAGAGUUUUGUCAUUUACUCAUAUGCAGCUUUUGAGCUUACAAUAUUAAUGCUAAUGGCAUUUGAUAGGUUUGUUGCAAUCAGCAAACCUCUGCAUUACAACAACAUAAUUACCACACGGUUACUAACUUUUUUAAUAGUUAUAGCAUGGCUUUAUCCAAUCACUUUUGUUGGUAUUGGUUGUCUUUUGACUGGCAGGCUGACAAUCUGUGGUAACAAAUUGUUAAGGGUGUACUGCCACAACUAUGAAAUUGUCAGACUCUCAUGUGUAAACAAUACUGUUAAUAAUAUUUAUGGCCUGAUUGUAACGAUCACAAACAUUUUUAUCCCUUUGAGUUUUAUAAUAUAUACCUAUGUCAGAAUUAUUAUCAUUUGUCAAAGAAGCACACGAGAGUUCAGGAGCAAAGCAUAUCAAACUUGUAUUCCACACAUAGUGAUCCUUUUAAAUUUCUCAGUUGCUCUUUUUUGUGAGCUCACUUUGAGUCGAUUUGUGAAUGGGGAACUUCCUAUAGCGCUGACUGUUGUCAUUUCACUUGAAUUUAUUGUUGUACCACCCAUUGUAAACCCUAUUGUUUAUGGUCUAAACUUUCCUGAUAUCCGCAAAAAAAUUAGACAUCUUACAAAAGCUUCCAAAUAGGCUGCUUUGUUUCUGUUGUAAUAGUGUUAGAAAGAUAUUUAAAAAUGUAAAGAUAUUUGUUCAAUUACGCAAUCACUCACCUUUUAGUUUUUAAAGGUAUAUGCACUAAAUGUGAUAGUUUUCAUCUCUCUGAAUUCUAUACCGGUUUUCGUUAAAUUAUCUCCUCAGUAAAUAUUUUUUUGUGAAAAACUGUAUAAGGAUUUUGGAAACACAAUCACAGAUUAACUUUUUAAUUGAAAGAAUGAAGGGGCCAUCCAUAUCUUAUCAGCUCAGAUUAAUAACUGUAGAAUAUAAGCUUCUAUGAAAUCUUUUAAAAAUGAUAUAAAUUAUAUUAGUGUCAGUAAUUCUUUACAAUUGUGUUAUCUAUUUAGAAAUAAAAAUAAAAUAAAGAAAAAAACUAUUUUUAACUGGUGUGUGUAUAUAUAUAUAUAUAAAAUGUUAGUGUUAAGAAAAUAGAAAAUGUGGUAAUUACCUCAUUUUAUCUUGUAACACAUUAUUUGAAAAUUGUUUUUUAUUGUCAUGUUAUUAUGCACUAUUUAAAAAAAAAUAUUUAUCUCCAAUUAAAACAAAUUAGAUAUUUCAUUAAAAUGCUUAUUUCCUGGUUUUGAAAGGUGCAAAUUUUAACAAUCUGUGUUAAAUUAAAACCUAUAUUUCAUGAGACAUGAAAUAUAUGUAGGCAAGUUGUGUUUCCAAUAUGCAUUGUGUAUAAUGUUUGAGCUUUAGGUUUGCCUCUUUUUCUUCAUUUGUUUAUGGUUUUACAUAAUAAAG